AUAGUAAAAACCACGCUAUACAUGCGAAAACAUGGCAGCGUUGUACGAGGGGUACACGCUGUGUGGAUUUGCACCGUUGCAAAACACGUCGAAUUUAGCAAUUCAGGGAGUUGAAUUGUACGGCGACGUUGACCAUGUUCUCGUCACGGACUCCUUGAGAUCUGCAACUGUUUACAAGGUGUCUGACCAGAAGCCUCUGGGCAGCUGGACGGUAAAGCAGGGACAAAUCAUCACCAGUCCUGUUGUGUUUAACACACAGAAUCAGGAGUAUGUGGUUGUUACAGAUGAUAAGGUUGUCAGAACUUGGAAGGGUGAUGAUGUUAACAUUGAUAAAGCUUUUAAAGCAACAGUUUCAGCUGAUGUGUUCAGAUUGUUGUCCACCCCUGGCUUUGAGCCGGUGGUGUUGUUCCGUCAUGGAGCUGUUAGGUUCCUGAAUUCACUGCUUGCUGCACCACAGCAACCCAUAGAGAAAGUCUUGUCAGAGGAGGAGGUUAUCAGGUGGAGUACUAUCAUUAAUGCAGAUCAACAGCUUGUUGUUUUGUUCACCACAGAGCAGAGAGGAGAGCACUGCCUCUAUGUUCAGAAUUUUAACCCCAACACUCUGGUGAAACACGUAUUUGAGAAUGAGCCGGGUCUCUCUACACCUCUUAGCUUCUCUGCCACAUGCAGGGGCAGCAACAUACACUUGAUCUCCUUGUACUCUAAUGGCAGUGUGUAUGAGAGUGUAUUGUCACUCAGAACUUCAAGCACAGGAGCUGAAGGUGCCCAGAAGCUGCCUCGCUCCGUGUGUCUCAGCCUAUCAGUUGGGGAGGGGCAGGUAACAUCCGCUGCUGCAGUUGUGCUUGAUGAGGCUCAUCUGGCUGUAGUUGGAUUCCCCCAUCCGUCUGCUGGAGCUAACAAAGAUUAUCUGUGCAUUUGGAAUAUUCACUUCCAAACUCUUCAGGCUAGUAAAGAGAUGCCAGGAGGAUUGUUUACACAGUUGUGGUGUUAUGGUGGGAAGCUCUAUGUACCCCAUGGAAAGACAUUAUCAGUUAUUCCCUUUGAGUGCCGGAAAUCUUCUCUCGCAGCUGCCAUGGGAAGACUGAAGCAGUCUAGACAGAGUGAGUCACAGUCGUGUGCCCUUGUGUCUUUCUGGACCACCCAGCCACAUGGUGAUAUCACAAAGACACAAGAAACAAGAAGGAUUUCAACCAGACAAGUGAAUGGUUCUAAUGUUAAGGGCACAUCCUCCGCACAGACAGUCGAUCAACUUACCGAGCACAUUAAGACGGAGACAUUAGAAGCGGUUCAGGUUGUAGUGGGUGAGUUUAUUUGCCGAGCUUCACAGACUGACCUCCAGCUGGCAGCAGGCAGAAUAGCUUUAGAACUAGUGUCAAGAUCUCAGAUGGAUGGCAACUUCUACCCUCACAGUGCAUUUCUACAGCUGUUAAAUACACAGUACCUCUGUCACAGCGUUUGUCCUGGAAUGUUGCUGUUGGCUCUGGAAAAGAAAGACUUUGAUCUCUGUCAGACUGCUUUCCAGCUUUUCCCUGACAUACCUGAAGCUAUCACUUGUGCCUAUCUCAAAGCUAUUCUCAGUACUCCAGACUCCGAGAUUGACUCUGUAAAUCUUGACAUGGAUAGUGUGAUGUUCAUGAAAGUUCUGACUCAGAUUGGAUGCCCAUCAGAAGAGGAGGUUGGCCAGCAGAAUGGUUUCUGUUCCUCAACACCCGAGGACAGUGGAUCUCACACCCCCAGCAAGCCACAGAGAGACCCCCUACACCUGGAUAUAAAAUGUCCUGUGGGCUUAUACAAGAGCACCCUACUAAAUGAUGUUGUGCAGACAGCGUACAGUGACAGACUCCUGCUGCCACAUCUAAAAGAUCUCACAGUUCCACAUGUCAUUCUCUUUCUACAGUAUCUACAGUUCCUUUAUCUUCGAUAUUCUCAUGAGGCAGGCAUACAAAUCCAAGCUCUACGCUCUCCAAGCAUGGCCCAGAUCGUGGACUGGGUUUGUUUAUUACUAGAUGCUCAUUUCACAGUCUUGGUUAUGGCACCUGAAGCUAAAAGGCUGGUUUCUGAUCUUCACAAGUUUGUGAGAUCACAGGUCAAACUUUAUGCUGAACUGGACAAAAUUGAGGGAAGUCUUCAAGUGCUCAAGAAAGACAAGCAAUCUGAAGAUUCUGGCGUUUACUCCAUAAAAGUGAUUGAGCUCUUUUAAAUGUCCUGUACAGAUAAUUUUUUAAUAAAAUUCUGCCAGUGAGCUUAAUUUUGUGCAAGCUCAUUAACAGUGGUUUUUUUCUCUCCAUGUAUUUCUAUGUAUUUUUUCCAACUCGUUUCUUUGUUAAUCAUUCAAAAAUAUUUUGUAUAAGUUAUCAAUUGAUGGAUAAUAAUAUUUUAUAUUAGUAUUUUCCGACUGUCCCAUAGAGGCUCGUCAAAAAUAUGAUUUGGAUAUAUCUGUACUUUUUUAUAUUUAAUCCCAUCCCAAAUCAAUUAAUCCCAUUUGCCUAUUUUACUUCUGAGUGAUGUGGUGGCCUAUUUGUAAUGCGCAAUUAGAAGACAGAAAAUUGUUUUUGAUUUAAGGCAACUUUGUUGUGUACAAUUUUCUCUAAUAUCUAGUUUAAUAUAUUAUAAUAUUUAGAUUACAUAUAAAGUUUGGACCAACAUUGUUGCCUUGACAAAGACUGGACUGAAAUUUAAAAUCGUUGAAAUGCUGCUUCUAACAUAACAUGAUGUUAAAAAGAAACAUGUCUUGGAGGAAAAAUGAGCUCAUGGCCAUCCAACUAUUAUCAUUUGGGGAAAGAAUUUCCUAUUUUCUUAUUUCUCAUGAUACUAUGUGAGACAAUCACCUGAUUUGAGUCACCUACUGACAAUAAACCACAGAA